GCCUUUGUGCUGCAGUGAUGAAGUGAGGAUGUGUGAGUUUUUUCUACCAUGUGCCUCAUACAAAUUUGUCGCCAAUCUAUUAGAACUUGAAAGUGAAUUUGGUGCCUUCUAAGUUGGAGAACUUGAUAAUUCUAGGGACAUCUAUGCAUCAUUGGGCCAAUUUGAAAGAGCAACCCAAUCCACCCGAGCCAGAAUAUGAUGAACUAGAAAAGCUAAUUAUAAAUGAUAGAUUGAGAUACAUGCGUGCAAUCUACGAGUCGAACGCUAAUUUUGCCAUUUACAAAAGAGAUGAUUGCUGGCCAUUUAACAAUCUUCAUUGGAUAUUCUUUAAUCUUCAUCCCGGGAUGCAUUUUAGUGAACUUUUACCAAGUUUUUCAAUACUCAAUAAAAUUGAAGUUGACCACAAGAUUGCACAUCCACCAAAAGGAGAUAUGAUUAGUGACUUACGUAACAAGAUUGAGGAAGAGUAUUUUGAGUCGUCCUUACCUAACAAGUAGAUCUCGUGCCCCAUGUAAAUAUCGCAAAGCAUGGAAUAGACCCCAACAAAAUUGGAUUAAGCUCAAUUUUGAUGGUCAUGGAGAUGACCAUGGAAAUUAUGAUUAUGGGUAUGACGGUGUUUUGCGCGAUAGUAAUGGAGAGACAUUGCUUUCGUACGCAGGACCUAUGAGCAAUGUUAAUAUUGAAAGUAGUAAUGGUAAUUGUAACGGUAAUAGUGAUCCCACACUAGCAGCUCAAGUGGAAGGAUUGAGACAAGGUAUUAUAUGUUUCAAAAAGUUGUUACCUUCUACUUAUGAUGAUCCAAAGUUACUUAUCGAAGGGAAUGCUGUCAGCGUAAUCAGAUGGGCCAGAGCUUUGCUUCCUCCACAAGCAAUGUUUGCGGAGGCUUUCAAGGAGAUGUGAAUAAUGCUAAAUGAAACCACAUGCGAGGUACACCAUAUUUAUCACGAGGCUAAUAUUCAAGCCAACAAAAUAGCACAGCACGGCGUCACACUCUUCCACAUAAGCACAUGGACCUAGAUAGUUUAGUUAUUUAUUUAUU